AGCUUUCCUGAGGAUUCUGUGCGUGUGCUGUCCUCGGGCGAUCAGACGCAAAUACCAGCCGGCUUUCAGGAGUAAACCAAGCCAGUACUUCAAUUCGCACAAUGUCAUGGAGGCGACGCCGAGCAACAUGAGCUACUCUUCGGCGAGCGGACAGCACGAACUGUACACGCUGUGACCGGGAUCUAGGUCCGGGUCCAGCAGGGCUUCGGGCCGUUCCACCUCGCACAGGGUCGUCAUGAGGUCCUGCUCACCGACGCCCAGUACUUUACGCAUGUCGUAACGAUUGCCCAAACUUGUACUACUACUACUAAUAUUACUCAACAGUGCUCAAAACGCGCUCCAGAAGCUUUACAAGAGAAAAAAAACAGUUUACCUUCUUCCUUCCUGUUUCGUUCUUUCGAUGUACCCAACCCAAACAUGCUGAACGCUUCGAUUCAACAUCCUCAGACUUGACAAGAAAACUAAUAAUACGCACAUUGUUUCCUUCUCGUUCAUAAUACCACAUUUUCAGCUCCCUAUUUACUUGAACAUCUGUGAUAAAUAACGUUAGGUUUUUAAUGGCUAAGACAUUUUUAUGGAUCUCACUAGGAGCGUCGAGAUUUUUAUUACGUAAUUAUAUAAACUAUUAUUACCACUACUACUAUUAUUACAUACAACAUACUACUAAGAAUGUAAAUACAAAGUAAGCAGAUCAACAACAAGAAAUGUACUAGUAUUUAUGUACUUUUAUAAUCUCGUAAUUGUAACUACUCGUAGGACUCUUGUUACGUAUUCUCUAUUUAAGUUAUGAAUCUUUCUCAGCGGGAAAAGUGAAGCGCAUUAUUGAUGUUUGAUAUCAUUAUUAUCGUUACUUAAUAUCUAGUUGCAAAUCUGUAUAAAAUAAAUAA